ACAAAUUGACACUGAGUGCACUAAUUGAGUCUCGUCUGGCACCAAUUAAUGACUUAUUGUAGACUAGACGCAGAAUUCCAAUUGUUGAUCGGAAUAACCCAAAAUGAGGUCGUAUCGAUUUUGUGUUCCUUGAAUGAAGACAAAUUCUAGAGCGGAGUAUGCGAGUUAAAGAAAUUUUGUUGCAUUUGUUGAUUUUAAGCAAUAUGGCGGAUACUAUGUAGUUAAUAGUUGUAAAUAUAAAUUGGAGUGGAUUUGAAGUGUUGUUAAAUAGUGGAGAUUUGAACGUUGGAACCCUUUAUACCGUUGAAAAUGGAAACAAAGGAAAUGGGGCCCCCUAAAUCUGGGAGCAAGCCCCCAAAAGAAUUAAGUAUCAGUAAUUUGUGGGAUUUAAUCAAAGAAAGGGAUGGUUUGAUUUUAAUGCAGUCCCAAAAAAUAGAAACACUGGAACAGACAGUCAGAAAACUGCAAAGCGAUAAUGCUGAGCUGCAGAAGACCUUGUUGACCAAGGACAAUGAAAGUGUAACAAGUGCGAGGGCCAGUGAAGAGUUGCUGCGUCAAAAAGCCAGAUCACGUUCUUUGGGUGGAUCAGCCAACGAGCAACAACAAAGAGCAGGCCCUGUUACGCAACAGCUCUCAGUUGGAACAUCAAGCGUUCGACGUCAACGAUCGCUACGACGAAAUGAGGAGGAUCUGCUGAAGCGGUCUCGUGCGCAGUCCCAAGCCUACGAACUGUCACAAGACCUACAGGAUAAGCAGACUGAAAUGCUAGAGAGACGGUAUGGUGGAUCAGUAAGGUCGCGCCGUGCCGCUAAAACUAUACAGCGUGCGUAUAGGCAAUACUGCAUGAACAAAAACUUUCAAAAGCUCAGAAAUUCUGUCGCAGAGCGUAGACUCUCAAAACUUGGUAGAAGCAAUACAGUAUGGUCGGAUAGGAUUGCAUCCGAUGCUCAAUACAACAUGGGUGCAACUGUUUUACAAAAUGGAGAUUUAACAAAUAAAAGGCUUCCUGAUAUGUAUGCAAGUGAUGGUAGGAAAAAGUUAACAGACUCUGCUGAACCGAGCAGACUUCGCCAACAAAUGAGUUUGGACCAAGGAUACAAUAAGUUUGAUAUGCAAAAAAUGAGAAAUUCACGACGAGACAAAAAGUUAGAGCGAUGUCGUGAAGUGGAUAUUAUGGACAAUGGCCACACCGUAGAUGGAAAACGUAAAACUGGUGAAGAAAAUAAUAACAGAAACUCCUGUCCAGAAAUGAACGACAGUAGUGCUAGUGACUCUCCACAAGUUACCCCAUACGAAAGUGCAGUGGACAUUCACAGUUUAGACUUUGAAACAUUAGUUGAAAGUAAGGAAACAGACAUUUUAACGGACAGCUUUCAAAGUGAUGCUAGUCAAGAUGUUACAGUGCUAGGUUUACAAAGGGCGUCUGGAACGUCCCUUGUGUCAAAUCUGAGUACAGACACGUUAGGUAGCAACAGAAGUAUAAAUUCAUCUUACGAAAAUUUCCGACAGUCAGAAUCAAGUGACAACACUUCAAUAACAAGUAGUCAAAAUGAUAUGAAUAAGGAUGUGUCACCCGACCGAUCAAGGACUAAAGACCAAAAACAUAUGCAAGAACAAACUGUUAAGUAUUAUAUGAAUAGUUCAGAGGUGAAAUAUAGAUCGCGAAAAGACUCCGGUCAGAGUGAUACCUCAAAACGGCCCCCAAUUCCUAGUCGCGCACCGGAAGCAUCUCCAAUUUGGAAGCGUAAAAAUGGUAACUUGAAUGGUUCAACGGGGUCAAUAGGGAAAUUAGACAUUAAACGUAUGAGUAAUAUUUCAGAAACCAGCGAACCUGACAGUGAAAAUCAUUAUUCCAGCUCGCCAAGCUCCGAAAAUGUUAGCGCUGAAAAUAUCAGUAUUGGGAGUGAUAUCAUGUACCAGCGGCGUGUACGGGGACUAAGUGUGACACCAGACCACCCACACAGCCUUCCUAAGGGCUCAGACAAGCAUCGGAAACGUGUGUACAGAAUAGGAUUAAACCUUUUUAAUAAGAAACCAGAGAAGGGCCUCGCUUUCCUUUGUGAACAUGGAUUCAUCAGUGAGACGCCGGAGACAGUGGCUCGUUUCCUGAUCACACGGAAGGGCCUCAGUAAGCAGAUGAUCGGCGAGUACCUCGGUAACCUGCAGAACCACUUCAACAUGGACGUUCUCUGCUACUUUGCGGAGGAGAUUGACCUAGCUGGGCUGCAGGUGGACAUGGCCCUGCGGAAGUUCCAGUCUUACUUCAGAAUGCCCGGUGAAGCUCAGAAGAUCGAAAGAUUGAUGGAGGUAUAUGCUGAGCGAUACAUAGACUGUAACCCGGACCAAGUCAAGAUCUUCAAGAAUCCAGAGACAGUACUGCUGCUGGCGUUCGCUAUCAUCAUGCUGAACACUGAUCUUCACAACGCCAGCAUCAAACCAGAACGCAAGAUGAAACAAGAGGAUUUUGUCAAAAAUCUACGAGGUAUUGAUGAUGAUGAAGACGUUGAUCGAGAUUUGCUUGUUGGGAUUUAUGAGCGUGUGAAGCUGCAGGAGUUCCGACCCGGAGUCGAUCAUGUGACACAAGUCAUGAAGGUCGAACAGACGAUCGUUGGAAACAGAAAGCCGGCAUUGGCACUACCUCACCGGAGGCUGGUUUGUUACUGUCGACUGUAUCAGGUGCAUGAUCCGAACAAGAAAGAAAAGAUUGGGCUGCAUCAACGAGAGGUCUUCCUGUUCAAUGAUUUAUUGCUGGUGACGAAAAUCUUCAGCAAAAAGAAGACGGGUAUAACCUAUUCCUUCAAACAGUCAUUCUCACUGUGUGAUAUGCAAGUUUACCUCUUUGAAACAUCUCAUUAUGCAUUUGGUGUACGGCUGGUGAACAACUUGGACAAUAAAGUUCUCAUUACGUUCAACGCCAGGAAUGACCAUGAUCGGCAGAAGUUUGUGGAAGACUUGAAAGAAGCUGUAUUAGAGUGCAAUGGAAUGGAACAGUUACGAAUCGAUGAACAACAGCGCCGCAAUCCUCAGCACAACCCAUUAGACCACCACUAUGCCAACGACGACACCCGUAUCACCAUGUACGACUACAUGAAGACGUCGGAUCCCAACUCUAAUAGGUUGUCUGCCCCUGAUUACAGUGGGUUGAAGCAGUCGUUCCCCUUGUCAAACUCUCUCACUGACCUAUGUGGAGCUCAGGCGAUGCGUCGAGGUAGCAGUGGCGGCUCUUUGGACAGUGGCGUGCACUCCGGCAGCACAGGAAGUGCUAACAGUACCGAGAUGUCGUUUGGCAGUCAAGGAAGUCAGUCAAGCCUGAUGAAGGGGCUGGCUCUCACGGCCUCGACCGUGACGAGCACAUCCAAGAUGGCAGUUCCAGGCCAGUCCCGGGGAAAGGGGAGCAGCUCAAAUCUGAAGUCACGCCCAGUACCAGAGGGGACUGAAGUGUGAACGAGCUAAUUAGUUGACCUUUCACAUGUUAGGGUUAACCUCACAAUAUUCAGGUUGACAUUUGACCUUAAGGUCAAGUCAACCUUUGAGAUCAGGGUUGAAUGAGUGUUCAGAGUUUCCCGUUGACCUUUGAGAUCAGAGUUGACCUCGGAAAGGCUUAACUAAAGUGUUGACUUUUAAGAAAAGGUAACUUCCCAGGUUUCCCUGUCUCUGUACUUGAAAUUUGACCUUGGGAGUGCAUUUUGACCUUGAGCAUCAUUUAUGACCUUUAGAGAACAUGUUGACCUAGCGCAUCAUGGCUGACCUUGAAAGUACAUGUUGACCUUGAGCAUUAUGGUUGACCUUGGAAGUACAUGUUGACCUUGAGCAUCAUGGUUGACCUUGGUAGUACAUGUUGACCUUGAACAUCAUGGUUGACCAUGGUAGAACAUGUUGACCUUGAACAUCAUGGUUGACCUUUGGAGUACAUGCUGACCAUGAGCAUCAAUUUUGGACUAUGGAGUUGGUGUUUGUGUUUAGGAUUGGCACAUAGACAUUUUGGAAUCUAUUAUGACAUGCGGAUAUAUCUCAAUUUUAUAGUGCAAGAACUGCUACUACUAACUGUGAAAACAAGUGAAAGGAUUGUUCAUUGUAAUUUUGACAUAAAAAAUGGUAACAAAAAUAACAAGCAGGUCAAUACUCAAGAUGUUUUACAUAUCUGCAUUCUUUGUACUUUAUUGACACUUUAUUUUGGGAUCAAAAGAAAAACAUUAGUUUGUUUGAAAUGUCAUUUUAAAUGUGAUCAAGUAAAAUACAUGAGUAAAUCAUGGGCAUAUAAUAUAACAGCUUCUUAUUAUAUUAUAUUAUGGGUUAAAACAAGUAUGAUAUAAGUAAUUGAGUAAUCAUAUGUUAUAAAGUUGGUGUGUCAGAUUUUAGUAAAUUUCUUAAAAGAAUAGAAAUGUUGAUAGGAGCAACUAGAAUAUAAUUCAAGUACCGUAACAUUUUGUAUGUGAUAAAAUAUGUUUUGUGCAAUGAAUUGUGGUGAAAAUGUUGCUAUGUAUCUUAUUGGUAUUAUACACACAUGUACUUUAUUCAAAUAAAACAACUUUGAUGCUUUCAGUUAUAAAACUUGAAAUUGAGUUUUAUAGUAUACUGUCAUGUUAUAACAUGCAUGUUUACAUGUAUAUUGAUUUACCUGUAACAGUUGAUUUGAUAUAUAAUAUGUUCCUGCAAAAUGUCACCUGAUUUAUGACGAAAUCCAGGUCCAAGUUCUGUCAGAAUUUUUCUUCUCAAACUAUUAUUAAAUGCCAGCCAUUUGUCUCUUGAUUUUGUUGAAAGUUAGUGUUCGGUCAACUUGUGACCAUUUUGGAAACAUUUAUAAUAUUCUUUACUAUGUACACAACCAUAACUGUGUAAUAUUUAUCAGAGUGUCAUCAAAAUAUUAUAUAUACAUGGAUCAUCUCUGUAUGAAAAAUCCUAAUGACAUGUACAAUCAUGUAUACUCUGAAACUUGCAUGGAACACCAUGGAAUGGAAUUAUUUUUAAUGAUAAAUUAAAUGGUGUGUAUCAUUGUAACAGUUCAUACAGACAUGAAUCAUUCAAAGAGUUCAUAUGGACAAGAAUUGUUGUAUAUGGACAAAAUUUGUUGCAUGAGUUCCUAUUGCACCAGUUCAAAUGAACUAGAAUCAUUCAAAGAGUUCAAUUGGACAAGAAUCGUUUCAAGAGUUCAUGUUGCAAGAGUUGACAAGGACAAGAAUAGGGAGUCACUGAAUCAUUCAAAGAGUUCAAUUAGACAAGAAUCGUUUCAAGAGUUCAUGUUGCAAGAGUUGAUAAGGACAAGAAUUGGAAGUCACUGAAUCAUUCAAAGAGUUCGAUUAGACAAGAAUCGUUUCAAGAGUUCAUGUUGCAAGAGUUGAUAAGGACAAGAAUUGGAAGUCACUGAAUCAUUCAAAGAGUUCAAUUAGACAAGAAUCGUUUCAAGAGUUCAUGUUGCAAGAGUUGAUAAGGUCAAGAAUUGGAAGUCACUGAAUCAUUCUAAGAGUUCAUUUGGACAAGAAUCAUUGUAAAUGUACAUGUUGCAAAAGUUGUUAUGGACAAGAAUCGAAAGUCACGGAAAUAAUCAACUUUGCCUGUACCAGAAUCAUUGUGUUAACUCAUAAUUAAUACAUAUUCAGGACCAAUAUCUUAUUGUUUAUUAAUUGUGUAUAUUAUUUUGUUGUAUAUAUAUUUUCUUCUGCUAUUUAAGUCAUACAAUUUAUAGUAAACUUAUAACACAAAUUUUGGUGGCUGUAUGACCCACCAGUGAACAUGUGCAAUCAAAUAUGUGUAUAGUUUUCAUGUACAGUGUAUAUAAUUAUUUCCGUAGCCAACAUAUAGUUAUGCUUCACUUUUAUACAACCAUACAUAAGAGGACAUUUUAGUCAAAAUUUUAACACUUAUUUAUAACAUGGCCUGCACGUUCUUAGCAUUUUAAAAUUUGAAAUUGUUCAAAGUUGCCGUACUUUCAAAUGUUAAUGAACUCUACUACAAACAUAUUUCGUAAAUCAUUUUAUGAUUAAAAUUGUAACUUGUUAAGUUAUUUUAUUGGAACAUGUUUGUCUUGGACCUAUACAAUUGUAUGUUUUACUGGCGUGCUUCGUUUUGUAUAACUGUGUUAAUGUAAAUAUAUAAACACUUUUACUUAUUUUGUUUUUCCAUAGAGAUGGAAAUUCAUACUAGAAUCUGUUACGAUGAAGAGCAAUACAGAAUGAAAGAUAA